AUGAUAAUCGAUAAGGACGUGCAGAUCAAUACCAAUGGUACAGGCACCGUUGUACAGGAGUAUGCCGUGCCGGUGAUCGUGUCAGAACACGUGAUGAAGAGCAAACAGAGGGGAAUGAACAUCAAUUUGGUAGUUGAGGGGGAGGAAAGAACUGAAAUGAUGCUGCUCAUGGCAAAAACGAAAGUAAAAGAUGAAAACGAAAAUGCGAGUGGUGCCACGCUCAUGGCAAAAACGAAAGUAAAAGAUGAAAACGAAAAUGCGAGUGGUGCCACGCUCAUGGCAAAAACGAAAGUAAAAGAUGAAAACGAAAAUGCGAGUGGUGCCAAAGAACAUGCGCACAGCAACCAUGCCAAUAACAGAGUGAUGACCGGUAACACAGAAACUGCCCAUGAAACCGAGCAAGCGCCGUUCAUACGGUCGUACCUCACGCUCAUAAAGGUGCAGUGCACGAUAAACGCCCUAACAUUCAUGUCAAGCAUACUCCUACACAUCAACGAUACGCCUCUCACCAAGCGACUCGAUUACUUCUUCGUGCUUCUCUCCAUUCUCCACGCAUGCCAUACGUUCGUGGUAAAGCUGUCGUAUCUCUACGGCACACCCCGUCCCAGCAUUUUCGUAUCGCUCACGCUAUUCUCGCUGAUAACGGCCAAGCACCUCUUCUCGUUCAAUCCCACACUGCUCAAAUACACGUGCGCACUGUUCAUUUCGUUCUUCUGUGCUGGUAUGCUGUUCGAAUAUUUCAAGGUGAGAACACCGUUCAUCGCUGUGUUCGUGUGCCUUACCAUCCUGUGUGUGGUGGUUGAGGGCUUGGAUGUAAGACCAAUCGUUUUUCUGGUCGAUUCACAUGCAGUGUGGCACUUCUUGGUGAUUGGUCAGAUGGUUUUGUACUACCGGUACCUGAAAAUUGAUUUAAAGAGGAUUUUGGUGCGAGCUGGCAGAGCAAAUGAAUCUUAG